CGCAUGCGCAGUAGCAGGCAGGCGGUUAGGCGCAGACCCACCCACAGAGCAUGGGGGAAUAGAGCCGCACCAAGGCAUGGCUAAGGUUUCCAAAGCAGCUGAUAACCGCGGCGGGCGGGUCCAUUCCCUGUACACAGCCCCUAUGCUUCCCAGGAGUCGUCAUGUCAACGUGGAAACCAUGGACAAAAAAGGGUUGGCAUCUUCUCCGGCUCGUAACUUCCAGGAGCCUAAGACUGGUUAUCUGCCCAAGGAAGAGAACAAGGAGGGCACUGGGUACCGGCUGCUGAAUAUGCUGAGAAAAACUCUUAGAGGGUCUGAAAGUGAAGAACUGGAAGUAACACCUCAAGUGCCAACUUUGGUACCAUUUGGGGAUGUGGUUGGCUGCCUCGCUAUUCAUGUAAAGAACUGCAGACAUUUCACGCCUAAGAUUGGUUUACAAUAUUACAGUGAUUUGUUCAUUCGCAUCUCUAUAAACAACAUUGUAAAAUGUACAAAAAUGUGUAGCUUGCUACCCCAAAGUGAUGAGAAGAACACUAUAAUUAAGUUUGAUGACAUAAAGUAUUUUUCCAUACAGAUUCCCAGGCGUCAGGAUGAUGAGCGGAAUAAUAUUUACUUGGAACUGAUGAAAUAUGACAAUACAGAAAAAUAUCCUUUCUUGUUAGGGAGUGUUCAGGUACAUCUUUAUGAAGUAAUUCAGAAAGGGUGCUUUAUUGAAGAAUUUCAAAUGUUGAAUAAAAACAUAUUUAUCUGCAGGGUGGAGGUGGAAUUUAUGUUCUCCUAUGGAAACUUUGGUUAUGGAUUUUCACAUCAGUUAAAACCUCUUCAGAAAAUUGUUGAGCCAUCCAUGUUUAUGAAUAUUGCACCACCUCCAGAAAGAACAGACCCUGUGACAAAUGUAAUUACACCACAGCCAAUAGAAUAUCCAGCAUUCCUAUCCCCAGACCUGAAUGUUACUGUUGGGAUGCCAACUGCAAUGCCCCAAUCCAACAGGCCAUCUGUAGUGCGACUUGAAAAACUUCAGCAACAACCUCGGGAAAGGCUGGAAAAAAUGAAAAAAGAAUAUAGGAAUCUGAGUACAUGGAUAGAAAAAGCUAGCUAUUUAGAAGGAGUUCUUACCCCAAAAUUGGCCAAUAAAGAAUGUAAGGGAAGUGAUACCAAUGAGGUACUUGAAAGCCAAUUUGAAAAGAAGUCUGAAGAUACUGUACUAUCAGAUGUCCCCUGUAUAAAGAAAGGAGCUGAAACUGCUCCAAGUGAGUUGCAGGAUAAUGAUGAUAAGAAAGACCUUACUCUUCUACCAACUUUGAACCAGUCAGAUCAAGAUAAUUCAGAUACUAUUGCAGUUGCUCCUGAAAGUGAUGAGUCAACAAAGAAAACAGAUGAGUCACCAAAGCAAACUCCAUUGCGUGUUAUUCCUAGCCUGACAGUAAUGGAAGAGAGCAAAACAUUGUUUUUAGAGGAAUACCGGUCAGAAGCUGUGCCAGAGGGAAAAAUGAAAAAUGUAUUAUUUCCACCACAUAUGAAAGAUGUGGAAAGCCUUUCACAAACAGACUCCUCUGCAUCAGAGAGUCACCGUCAUUCAGUUAGCACAAGGAAUGAGACUGUAAAUCUUACUGAUGCUGAGGAUAGGUUAAUGCAAGAUAAGUUCCAUGGACAAAAAAAUUCAAAUAAAAAGGGCAAAUCAGUGAUUUUUUCACCAAAGGAAUAUAUUUCACCAUCUUUCAGACCAGAAUAUAUAGAAUUCAAACCAAAAUAUCAGCUCCAGAAAUUCAACUUUAAGAAUGGUUUUGAUCCUUUUCUAAGGAAUAUAAACAACAAAAUGUCAGUCAGAAAAAGGAAAGACCAAGAUAUGUCCAGAUGCAGAAACAUUUUAAGUACAGAGGUUAUAGAGCAUGAAGACCAAGAUCCUCCUUACCCAACAUAUUCAAAAACUGCAAGACCUACUCAUAAAACCUGGCCAUGUGAUCCUGGUAACACCACAGUAAAGACUUUAGCCACUAAGACUAAGUUAGCCUGUGAUCCUGAUUUCAUUACAAUAAAGACUUUAGACACUAAGAGUAAUUUCGCCCGUGAUCCCACUAUGACCACACUAACGACUUUAGAUAGUAAGAAUAAGUUAAAAGAAAGACUACCAAAUGUAUCUCUACCAAACUUUGAAGGAGAAUCAUCAAUGACUGGAAAUGUAAAUACAUGUCGCCUCUCAAAAUCAUUAAGUCUUACUUCCCACCUAGAAAAUUUAAAACAAUCAGUGAUGCUCAAGUCAAUUUUAGGUAAAAAUCUGCAAGACCUAUCAGAUGAAUUAUUUUCUAAACCAAAGGUUCCUAUGGACACUGAAACAAGAAAGAAAAGUCUUAGUUCUCCACUUUUACAUGUUCAUGAUGAACCACCAACUAGUGUGGAAAACAAAGUAUUUGAAAAAGUUCAAGAUUUAAAUAGCUUGCUUUCAGAAAAAUACAUUGUAAGUUCAAAGUCUCUUUUAAGACAAAAAAUUAAAGAUAUUCCUGCAGAUUCACUUUCAGUAGGUGAACCAAGAAAUUCUCCAGAGGUAGAAAGGGAAUUUGUCUCUGAAAAACACUUGGAAUCUGGUGAGAUUGAUUUUCCAAUUAAAAAAAAUAAUUUCAAAAAGAAAAAUUCAAAAAUUGAAGUGUCUAGUUCCCAACCAGGUGUAAGUAGCAUUGUACAUGAUUAUGUUAUAAAGCAAAUAUUCACUGCACCUAUCUUCUCAGAGUUGGAAAUGGGAGUGAAAGAAUCGAGUGAGAUACCAAUAAAUUUGCAGAAUCAAUUACCCACUGCUUGGGAGAGUUUAUCUUCAAACAUUCUACUUCGCUAUGAAGAAAAUGAUGAUGAAAUAGAAUUGCCACAGGCCAAAUCUGUUAUAAGCCAGAUAAUACAAGCAUUUCCUGUAGAUAGUCUUUUAGAAUCUGGGAUAAUCAAAGUGAUAGAAUUAAAUAAGGAAUAUCAAAAGAGUUCCAUGCUAGAUACAGAGACAGCAUUUGCUGAAGAAGAGCCAAAGUAUUCCACAGAGGAUUGUUCAGAAACCCAAAGUAAAACAGAACCUGUUUCAGAGCAGAAUAUACUCAUCAUUCCCAAAGAAACUACUUCUUUUAAUAGAGUCGGAUAUGUGGAUGAAAGCCAAAACAUACCCCUACAAGAUUCAAAAUAUCAGUUAACACCAGAUAAAAAAACAGAUACGCUAAAUAACAGUCAGAGGUUUGAUAGAGAAGAAAAUGAUCUGAAUUCUACUUUAGAAAAUUUAAGUAACUCAUUAAUGGGUAAACUUAAUGAUUCAGAUGUAAUAAUGUUAAAAUCCUUUUUAAAACAUAUGUUUAAUAUUUUUUUCAAAUAUAAUCAGUCUGAAAGAAGACAACCAGAAAAAGAAUUAGAAAGAUUAAUCCAGCAUCCUUUUCCAAAUAAUACAGAAGACCUUGAAGAAAUCAAAGAGAAUUUUGAUAAAGCAGAUAAAUUAGACAGUAAGCCUAUUUUGAAUCCAAAGCUGUGUGUAUUUCUAGAAGAACUCUCAGAGUCAGAAAUAAAAAAUUUAAAAUCUGAACUAAGUAAACAUAUCCAACAUUACCUUGUAGAAAGACUUUCAGAAUCUGGACACAUCACUAAAGAAGACUUACCAAAAAUCUAUCACAAUCUAUAUUUGAUGAAUGAGAAAGCAGAACCAAAAGGGCAGAAUAUUUUUCUAGAAAAAUAUUCAGAAACUGUGAAAGAAAUCAUGUCUUUUGUAAGUAAUUUUAAUCAUCAUUUCAUAGAUAAACAUUUGGAAAUAAAGCUAAGAUCUUUUUUAAAUGAAAUUCUCCAAAACUAUUUCCUAAAAAACCUUUCAGAAAGCAGUUUAUUUAAAGAGACAGAAUCUGAGACUAUACACUCAAACAUGUCUUCUCUAAGAUCUAGAAGUGCCUCAAAAUCUUUUCAUGAGUUAGUACAAGACAUUUCAAGAGGGAGUUUUGGUGAAAGACUUGACAUACACAUGAAAUAUCCUUUAAGUAAAUCUCUACAAAACUAUCUUAUAGGUUUAUCAGAAAAUGAAGUAUUAAAUCUAAAAGCUGAUUUAAGCAAACACCUCCAGAGUCUUUUUAUAGAAAAACUUUCAAAAUCAGGACUAAUAACUGAAAGUCAAUUAGAGGGGAUCAACCAGCAUAUAAAUUUGAUCAAUACUAGAUCCAUACCAUUAAAAUGUAUAUCACCAGAAUUAUCUUUUAGAAAAGAAAAUCAAUUUAUGGAGAUUUCAGAAAAGCAAAAUAAAUAUUCAAAAAUUGUUCAAAAAACCACUUUACAAAAAGUUCCUGAGGAUAGACUUAUAGAAACAGAACUGACCAAAGAGAAAGAAAAAGAAUAUUUUUCCUUACAGAAUAUUAAGGAAAAUCCAUCAAUAAUUGAGGAACAGAAAAGCUACUGUCCUAAAGAAGGAGCCAAAACACUGAAAUUAAUUAAAGUACAACCUUCUUUCAACAAAAAUACCCAAGCAAUUCCAUUAAAUAAGUCAUCAGAAAGACUUACAGAUACAGUACUUAAGAAACAAAGGAAUGAACAUGGUUUUAUGCAGCUUCUUCGAGCAGAAAAUUGUGACUUUAAAACAGAAGUUCAAGACCCGCAUAGUUGGAGUGGUAAAUCAAAAACAGCUCAGUCAAAUGCUUGCUUUGAAAAGACACUAAAAACGAAGUCUCUUGAAAAAAAAGAGCAUAAUAACAUCUAUAAAUUGAUGGCACAAGAAAAACUUGAAACAGUACUGUCACCAUAUCCAAGAAUUCCUAAUUGCAAAAUGCGAGAUGAAAAUGAAGAAUAUAUAUACAGAUACACUUUUCCUUCCAGGCAGACUAACACUUUAACUCAUUUCAAUUUAGAGGCUGGGGAGAAAUCAAAGUUAGAAGACCAGUAUUUUCAGAGAUUGAAAGGAAAUAAUAAUAAUAAUAAAAAACAUUUAGUAACAUUUGCACAAUACAAAAAAAUACAAACUCUUUCUCUAAAGACAAAUGGAAUUUGCAAUGAAAAAUGUGCCAAAUUCCCUGAAUUACAGUCGUUUAAAUAUAAAGUUGUGGAAGCUGAGAAAAACUCAAAACCAUCCCUCUUCCCAGCAGUAUUAAAGAGAGAAAAUCUAAAGGCCAAGGUCCGAAAAGAAAGAGACCAUGUCAACAAACAAAAGAAGUCAUUUAGCAAACUAGUUAGGAUACUACCAACCACACUGCCCACCGCGAGAAUUCUAAGGAAAUCUGUUCCAAGGACAUUGCUUCAUUGGACUGCAAGAAGAACUAUACAUGAUUGUUCGGAUAGAUUUGAGGAUAUACCUGUGAGCUCAUUUAAGCAUGUUGAACAAGCAAAAUCAAGAGCAAGGCUUUUAGGAAAGAGCCCAAAUGAUAGCCAUAAUCAGUUAAAACACUUUGCAAGACUGAAUACUGCUCCAGAGGUUAACAAACGACGAGAAAACUACAAUGGAAAAUUUACAAGUCCUCGAAUGGUUUCAGCAGACUUAGUUCAUAUAAAUGAUGCAAUCCCAGAUUAUAGAAUGCGGCAAAAAAAGAAAUUAAAAGAAAACAUUGAAAAGUGUUCACUCAUUUGUGAUAUUAUCCAAAUGUUAAAAGUCCAGAAUGAUAUGUAAGAUCAACAGUCAUAAUAUCAUUUCUCCAGUUAACAAAAUGGUUUGGAGAUCUGUCCUUUUAUGUGAUAGAAGUCAGCAACCAAAUUUCAUCUUGUUAGAACCAUUUUGUUUUAAUUAAAAUGAAAAAGAAGCACUUUUGAUGUAAAUGUG